CCGUUCUGAAUACUUAAUACGCGAUCUAAACGGUAAAAGGUUAUACAAAUUACGACAUCACGAAUUCGAAGAGAGAACAAAAGAAUAUAAUCAUUGUCUACCAUUUAGAGCUGAAUUGAAAAUGUUUAAAUUGAUACUCAUUGAAAUAUUUCUGGCGCUUUGCGGUGCCCUUGUUAAUGGUGAUUAUUUAACAGUGAAUACAAAAAGUGGUCCCAUAGUAGGUGUUGAACAAGAGACGUUUCCCAACAAAGUUCCAUUUAUAACAUUCAAAGGAAUACCAUACGCAGAAGCUCCAAUAGAAGACCUGAGAUUCAAGGUACCAAGGCCAGUGAAACCAUGGACAGAACCGCUUGUAACUACAGAUAAGUUUCAACCUUCCUGUCUUUGGACCGGUGGCACAGUACCUUCUUCAUUGCAAUCAAACCAAAGUGAAAAUUGCCUCUUCUUGAACAUCUACACGCCUGUUCUAGAUAAAAUUAAAACGAAUAAAAAAUUGUCGGUGCUGAUAAACGUUCAUGGUGGUGGAUUUGCAGUUGGUGAUGGUAGCGAUGCGAAUUACGGACCCGAUUUUAUUGUCGAAGAAAAUGUUAUUUUGGUGUCAAUCAACUACCGUUUGGGUCCAUUUGGUUUCGCUAAUUUCGAAUUGGAAGGCUAUACGGGCAACAUGGGACUCAAAGAUCAGCGCGAGGCAUUAAAAUGGGUUAAAGAGAACAUUGCGCAUUUUGGUGGUGAUCCAGAUUCAAUCACCCUCUUUGGAGAAAGUGCUGGUGCAGCUGCAGUGCACUUACAUGUCUUGACAGAUUCAUGCGAAUAUAUAAAACGGGCAAUCAUGUGGAGUGGCAGUGCAUGGUCACACUAUGAGAAGAAUAAUCAUUUGGAACUUUUGACAGAGACGUUCAAGGAUGAAUUGGGAAAUCGAACAACCAAAAAAGAUCUAUUGAACUUCAUGAUUAAUGCUUCAUCAGAUGUCAUCGUUCAAAAAACUCCAGUACAAGCGGAGUUUAAAGGCUUUUUCGAGGUAUUUUGGACACCAGUUGUUGAAGAUAAGACUAUUGCUGUUGAGCCAUUUUUAAUUCACGCCCCACACGAAAUAUAUGCAAAAAACCAAUUUAGUCCCCAUUGUAAGAAUGUCGACGUUUCAUUUGGCAUAACAAGCGCUGAAUUCACGACGUUCCUUACCUUAUCUAAUCUGUAUGGGUGGAUUGAACCAUUAAAAAACAAUUCAAUUGUUGGACUACCAUACCAGGGACUCAAUAUAACGCAAGAUGAUGAGGCAUAUAAAAGCAUGCAAGCCGACAUUAAACAAUUUUAUUUUGGUGAUGGAGAAAUUCAAGCAACGCCAGAGCGAUUAAAUCAAUAUAUUCAAAUGGGCACUGAUAUUAAUUUUCUUCCUCAACUGUAUGAAGGAAUAAGAUUGCAUUCAAGUGUCUCGCCAACAUAUUGCAACUUCUUCAACAUCAGUUUGAACACAAAUAUUGUCAAAGUACCGCUACAUUUGGAAAUGAUUGAAGGAAUGGGCCAUUUUGAAGAUAUUCAAUAUUUGUUUAAAGCUAGAGACUACAGUGAUAUGUACAAUGAUGUAUAUAAAAAUCAAGCGAAUAAUAUAACAGAUCAAAAGACGGUCGAUGCUUGGCGAUUUGUUACAAGACUUUUCGCGGAUUUUGCGAAGACUGGGUCAUUGGAACAUAGCCAUCCAGCGAAAUCAACUGGAGAUAUUCAAUGUGUCGAUAUCACCAAUGAUGGAUUACGUUCGAUCAUUCAACCAAAAAAAGAAGCAAUAGCAUUCUGGGAUAAAAUCAAGGAAAAUGUUAAGAAAUACAUUGAUGAUGAAUUUUAAAACUGUUUUAGAACCGUUUAGAACUGUUGAAGAAAAUAGAAUGUGGUAUUUUAUGAUUGUUGCAAACAAAA